CACCCAUUUUGUUAGCUAGCUGUGCAAAAUCUUUUUAAUUCCCUCUCCCUCUCUCUCUCUCUCUCUAUCUUAUCCAUGGCAGACAAGUGCACCAUGAGUCUCCUAGAAGCCAUGGACUGCUUGUGGUUUCACCAAGUUGUUGUGCUUUCUGUACCCAGUUUACCAGUUAUCCACAAAACCCUGCAGACGCCAGUACCCACUUCAGAUACGCUGAGCUAUUCGUCAUCAAACACCUCUCAACUGUCUCUCCCAGGGGAAGAAGUCUCGUCGGCCGCAUCUUCUUUCACUACUCCUUCAGAGGAUGACUGCAGCAAUCAGCAAGAAAUUGUUGAAAACAAGGAAGCCGAACAAAAUCCCAAACAACCCACAAGAUUGAAUACAAUCAUCACAACCAAAUCGCGGGCCCACUCAUCAUCGUCACCAUCGAACCGAUCCCACAGAAAAAAACGGCUCAGAUCGUACACAGGAUCAGUAAGGAGGCUCCAAAAAACCAUGAGUUGCAAAACCUUGGAAGAGCUGGAGCUUGAAGAAGUAAAAGGGUUCAUUGACUUGGGCUUCGAAUUCAAGAAAGAGAGCUUAAGUCCAAGAAUGCUGAGUGUGGUGCCUGGAUUAAAACGAUUCGGGUCGUGGGAUGUGGAUCAUGACGAGGAAAGAAAUGGAACUGUCCAAAAUUGUGAUCAUGAAUUAAUUGAAGAAGAAGAAGGGGAAGAAGAGGAGAGAGGUGUGAUGAGGCCUUAUCUAUCGGAGGCGUGGAUCGAGAACAGAUCCGAAUUGGGAUUCACGAAUAUAACACUGCCGAGAGUGUCUGCGGCCGGUGAUAUGAAGAAACUUAUCAAGUGCUGGGCUAGAACCGUGGCUUCGGCUAUUCGGCAAGAAUCUUGAAGAAGGGUAUAAAUAAAAAUGUUUUGAGGUAGUUAAGUUGACGGUGAAUGAAAUAAAUUGCAUGUGUGUAAAAAUGUUCUUUUUUGGUGCAUGUAGAUAUGUUGCUACUUCUAUUUUUUUUGUUUCCAGGCAGCAGCAAUAACAGGAAAUAAUGGGCCGAUCGAUUGAAAAAAAAAAAGAAA